AUGAUUUAUUAAAGCACAAGAGAUGGAUUGAAUAAUUAAUAAUAUUGGAAUAAAGUGAAUGGUAAAGGUAACUUACUUAUGGUAUUUAAAUCCAAAAGUGAUUAUAUUUUUGGAGCAUACUCUCCUUGUAAAUGGGAAUCAUAUGGUGGUAAAUAUGUAGAAGAUAAUACAUUAUCAUCUUUUAUAUUUUCAUAAACUCAUGAUUAAGUUUAUCCUUUGAGGUAAGAUUAAAAAUCAAAUGCUAUUCAUUGUAAUUCAAAUUCUUAUGGACCUUUAUUUGGAGGUGGAUUUGAUAUUAGAAUAGAUAGUAAUUUUACUGAUGGAUAUUGUAAAUUAGGUUAUUCAUAUUAAUUUAGUUAAUACAAGAAUUAAAGUGAGGAUCCAUAUUUAUUUGGAUAAAAUAAACCUGAAAUAAAAGAAUCAUUUGAUUAAGACACCAUAAAUAUUAUUGUUGUAUAAUAAAAUGAUUAUGAUAAAAAACUUGAUGCUAUUAGAAGAAAAAAAAUUUCUUUAUGUUUUUAUUAUUAGAUAGACUAAUAUAUUAGAUAUUAUUAGGUUUUAUUUUUAAAUCAUUAAAAUGAAAAAAAUUAAUAAUGA